AUGGUAAGCAAAAGAAAGAUCAGGAAAAUAAUCAUCAUUAGUUGGUCUGUAAAUCACAUGUUCUGUAUGUACUUUCUGUAUUUAUUCUUGUUAUGCACUUCUCUUCUGUGUUGCAUUGCUAAAGAUACCAAGACAGUUAGCAGUUUGAUUAGUGAUACUCAAGGUGAUACUAUUGUUUCAUCAGGAGAGAGAUUUGAACUUGGUUUCUUUACUCCAAAUGGAAGCUCUGACAGCAGAAGAUAUGUUGGAAUAUGGUACUACGGAUCGAAUCCAAAAACUGUUGUGUGGGUUGCCAAUAGAGACAACCCACUUUCAGAUACUCAUGGAGUUUUUGCUAUGGCAGAAGAUGGCAACCUCAAGGUAUUGGAUGGUAGUGGGAAAACUUACUGGUCCACAAGUCUUGAGAGAUCAUCAUCAAUGUACAGGACAGCAAAGCUCAUGGACACUGGCAAUCUUAUUGUGAGCAAUCAAGAGCAAGGAAACCAUUCAGUGAGAAUUCUGUGGCAGAGUUUUGAAAAUCCAACUGAUACAUUUCUACCAGGCAUGAAAAUGAAUGAAAAUUUAGUAUUGGCUUCAUGGAAAAGUUAUGACGAUCCAGCAACUGGGAACUUCACAUUUCAACAGGAUGAAGAGGGAAUGAACCACUUUGUUAUCUGGAAAAGAUCGAUGAGGUACUGGAAAAGCGGAAUUGCUGGCAAGUUCAUUCGUUCUGAUGAGAUGCCUUCUGCAUUUCUUUACUUGCUAUCAAAUUUCUCCUCAACCACGAUCCACAAUGACUCUGUGCCAUAUCUCACCUCAUCAUUAUACAAUGAUACAAGACUGGUUAUGAGUUUUUGGGGCCAAAUUCAGUAUCUGAUGUGGGAUACUGAGAAGGUUUGGUCUUUAAUCUGGGCAGAUCCUAGAGAUAGCUGCAGUGUGUAUAAUGCAUGUGGUAAUUUUGGUAGUUGCAAGAGCGAAAAUGGUUUGGUUUGCAAGUGUUUGCCCGGUUUCAAGCCUAGUUCACCAGAAAAUUGGAAUGGAGGAGAUUAUUCAGCUGGAUGCAGUAGAAAGUCAGGAAUAUGUGGCAAUGGUGCUGUGAGUGACAUAUUCUUGAGUUUAAAGAUGAUGAAGGUGGGAAACCCGGAUUCUCAGUUUAAUGCUAAAAGUGAAAUGGAAUGCAAAAUAGAGUGCCUCAACAACUGCCAGUGCCAAGCUUAUUUGUAUGAGGAGGUUGAAAUCACACGACGGGGUGGAAGUAGUAGUUCUACAUGUUGGAUUUGGUCACAGGAUGUCAGCAAUCUUCAAGAGGAGUAUGACAGUGGCCGGAACCUACAGGUUCGUGUAGCAGUUUCAGAUAUAGAAUCAACAUCGAGGAAUUGUGAAACUUGUGGUACAAACAUUAUCCCUUAUCCCUUAAGCACUGGACCAAAUUGUGGUGAUCUUACAUACUAUAGUUUUCAGUGCAACAUCUCCACGGGCCAGGUUAGCUUUGAGGCACCUGCUGGCACCUACCAAGUCACAAGCAUCGAUCCGGAUACACGAAAGUUUGUCAUCCAAGCCAAAAAUGCAGAUGACUGUAGAAACAAAAAUUUCCUGCAGCUCAACCAAUCAUCUCCCUUUCAUUUGAUCAACAGGUGCAAUGCUGAUCCGGCCAACUUUAGUUCUGAAUUUUCAUUUCAAGCAGGAGAUGAAGUUGAAAUUUCAUGGGAUCCACCAUUGGAACCACCUUGUUCUUCAUCCACAGACUGCAAGGACUGGCCCCAUUCUACUUGUAAUGCUUCUCAAGAGGGGAAGAAGAGGUGCCUCUGCACCGCAAACUCUAAAUGGGAUAGCCUGACUUUGAAUUGUACUCAGGAAGUUGAUUACAGUAGGCAAACUGGUGCUCGAGGAAAGAUGACCUUGGCUCUAAUCAUUGCAGUAACUUUUAUAAGUGUAGCUGUUCUAGCUCUUCUCUCAAGUACCUUCAUUUAUACUUAUUUAUGGAGAAGGAGGAGGGUCAAGGGACAAGGAAGCAGGGAAAUCCAUCAUAAGAAUUCAGCGCUUUACUUAUAUGAUAGUGAGAGAAAAGUUAAAAAUUUGAUCGAAUCAGGCCGAUUUAAAGGUGAUGAUACAGAAGGCUUUGAUGUACCCUUUUUUGAGUUGGAAAGCAUACUGGUUGCUACAGAUUACUUCUCCAAUGCAAAUAAACUUGGACAAGGGGGUUUUGGCCCUGUUUACAAGGGUAAGCUUCCAGGAGGACAAGAAAUCGCUGUUAAGAGGCUCUCAAGCUGUUCAGGACAAGGAUUAGAGGAAUUCAAAAAUGAGGUUCUGUUGAUUGCCAAACUCCAACAUCGAAACCUGGUUCGACUUUUGGGCUAUUGUGUUGAGGGAGAUGAAAAGAUGUUAGUCUAUGAAUAUAUGGCCAACAAAAGCUUGGACUCAUUCAUAUUUGACCGAAGACUAUGCAUGCUAUUGAACUGGGAUAUGCGCUUCAAUGUCAUUCUGGGAAUUGCUCGGGGGCUUCUUUAUCUUCACCAAGAUUCUAGGUUAAGGAUUAUUCAUAGAGAUCUCAAAACCAGCAAUAUUCUUCUAGGUGAGGACAUGAACCCCAAAAUCUCUGACUUUGGUUUGGCUAGGAUCUUCGGAGGCAACGAAACUGCAGCAAACACUAGUAGAGUAGUCGGAACAUAUGGCUAUAUGGCUCCAGAGUAUGCAUUAGAUGGGUUAUUUUCAGUUAAAUCUGAUGUCUUUAGCUUUGGCGUAGUUGUAAUUGAGAUCAUCAGUGGGAAAAGGAACACAGGAUUUUUUCAGCCUGAAAGAUCGUUGAGUCUUCUAGGCUAUGCAUGGCAUUCAUGGAAAGAAGAGAAGGCACUGGAUUUGCUGGACCAGACACUUUGUCAAAGCUGCAACAAGGAUGAGUACUUAAAAUGUGUCAAUGUUGGGCUCUUAUGUGUACAAGAAGAUCCCAGUGAUCGCCCAACCAUGUCACAAGUAGUUUUCAUGCUAGGCAGUGAAACUGCAACUAUUCCAGCACCCAAACAACCCGCCUUUAUUGUUAGGCGAUGCCCUUCUAGAAGUAGCAGGGCUUCUUCUUCAAGCAAACCUGAAACAUUCUCUAACAAUGAGUUAACCAUCACAUUAGAAGAUGGUCGGUAGCCAAAGCAGUUCUUAUGCCUCUUAUCUUCAUCAUUGUUGUCAAGUUAGUGCAUCAACAUGAAAUUUUAUGAUGCAUUUUUGUGUUUCUUUGCUUAUAAUCUGUAAGUGUAAUUUUUGUCGGUGCUGUAAUAUUUGGAACUUUUUGGUACAAGCACUGAUGUUCAAGAAGCAAGGCUCAUCUGAUUUACCCUGUUCCAAAUUGCAGCAAUCUAAUGUAACUUAU